AUGUCGGAAAAUGAGUUCUCUUUUAGAUACAUCAAAAAAGUGAGUGGUGAAAACUUGACAUUGGAAUGUGCUCGUCCUAUUGGCUCGUACGUGCGCUGGGAGUAUCCAUAUGAGGGCAACAUGGAACUUGAAGCUCUUAAUCAAACAAAUCACUUGAAGUGUAUUAAACUGUGGGAAAAUUAUCAUCCAAGUCAUGGCUUCUUUAUCACAUCAAGUGAGAUACCACUCAAAUGGAGUCAAGUCAACAAUAAGAAAUUCCGUUGUGAAUACGAGAAUGGAAGCGUCGAGUUUUUCAUACAGGCUACAAAAUCGAUUCCAGGCUUCAAAGGUGGAGAAACAAAAUUAAAUUGUACUUUAUCUAAUCAACAACUGUUGCUUCUCGAUAUUAAAAAGGGUCGACUGAAACUUUCUUGUCCAUCAUGUGAUUCAAAUAUUGAUCAGACUGUCGUCAAUCAAAUAUUUGAGCGAUUCGAAGAAAACGAGACUUUGCAAGAGGCAAUCACUUUUUGGGAGUCAAACAAUAAGAGCUUUUGCAGUUGUAUUCAACAAAUUGGUGCUGGUGGAGAUGCUCUGAAAACAUUACUAAUCUUCGUUUUUGCUUUUAUUUUACUCGUGGCUGCACUGCUUUCUCUUUAUGUUUCCUUUGCUUUCUGGAUCAUACACAAGAGAAGAGCUAUUGGUAGAAGAAUAAAGUUCGAGCUCGAGGAAGAGACAACUCCAUUACAAACAAUAGUUGAGAUGGAAUCUCUUGUUGAAGCACAGAAAGUUGAUCAGUUCAAAUCUCCUUCGAAGAUUGCCGAAUUUGAGCAAACAUACGAGGAACGUCCAAUAGGAGUUGGCGAAUUCGGGAAAGUCUGCGAGUUGAUUGGACACAAUCCUAUCUUUGUCACAAUGGAAUUUGUUUUGAAAAUCGGAGACUUCGGUUUGGCAAAGUACAUUGAGAAGACUUGUGUGGGUAGCUUUGCCGGAACACAACGCUAUAUGAGUCCCACACGAUCGAGAGAGGGUGACGAUUUGCAGGCCUCUCACCGAAAUGAUGUGUAUGCAUUGGGGCUUGUUUUGUGGGAAAUCAUCGAAAGAAGAAUCGUCUUCUUGGAAUACGGGUCACGGGGAAGCUUCAAUCCAUAUGAUUUCUUUGCAGACAUCAUACAAAAGAAGUUGAAGAGACUGAUUGCACCAAAUUGUCAAAAAGGGAUUCGAGAGAUCAUUAGGAGAUGUACAAACUUCAAUCGUUCAUCAAGGCCGAUGGCUGUCGAAGUUCUUGAAGAACUCAUAAGAUUUCAACAGAAUGAUUCAUUUAUCGAUUCUCUGAACGUUGAACCAACUGAAGAGCCCGAACAACAAAGAGUUCUCCGGCCAAUCGGCUUCGAUGGAACACGAAAUCAGAUCCCAGUCAAGGGACUCACAGAAACCUCGUGUACCUCAUUUGAACUUAUGCCUCGUUCUGUUUACAUAACGGCUUUU